AUGCUACACAAAUUUGUUUCAACUUGUUACUGCAACAACAACAACAACCAAAACAACGGCAACCAUCCCACGCAAUUUAUCAUAUAGACUGCGCAAGAGCGAGACAGCAACACGGCGCAACCAGCAGCGAGAAGCAACAACAACAAGCAGAAAUCAGGAAACCAGGAAACGAACUGGAAUAUAUAGAAAAUUCUACAACAAAAUACAACAAAAAAGCAGUAAAGCUGUUACUCCUAAAGGUAAACGGAGCCACCGACGGCACUUACAACACAAAGAUGGCGUCCUCACCGACACCAUCUCUGGACUCGAUGCGGGGCGGGGCGAACUCGAUCGAAUCGUACGAACACGCCGGCUAUCUAUCAGACUCUCCGCUCACGUUGAGCGGUUCAUCGCCACCGGCCAGCGAUUCGGCAAUCUGCAGUGAUGAGUACACGGGCGGCAGCAGCGUUAAGUCACGCUCUGAGGUGACCGUAAUCAAUGGCCAUCAUCCCAUUUCGGCCUCCGUAUCGUCCAGCUCUUCGGCCAGCUCUUCCUCCUGCUCGUCGUCAUCGUCCUCAUCCUCGUCUUCAUCAUCGUCCAGCUCCUCGACCAGCGGCCUCAGCGGUUGCGGCAGUACCAGCAGCAGUGUGAUCAGCGCCAACAACGUUGCGAGCAGCAAUGGACCAGGCGUUAUCGGCAGCAAUCUUCAGUCCUCAAACAAUGGCGGCAACUCGGGCAUCAGCAGUCUGGUCGUUGGAGCCGGCAAGGGCAGCAACAGCAGCAGCAACAGCUCCUCGAGCAACACAUCCGCCAAUGGAUCUCCGCCACGUUGCACCGCCUGCAAGAGCAAGUGCAGCGACGCGGUGGCCAAGUGCUUCGAUUGCCAGAGCUAUCUGUGCGCCAAUUGUGUAACUGCUCAUGAGUUCAUGCACUGUUUCAACGGACACAAUGUGUGCCUGAUUAAGGGUUUUGAGGCGAGCACCACUGGCACCCCGCUGUCCGUUGGAUCGCCCAGCAACAAUCCGGCGUCGAAUGAGUUCAAGUACGCCAGUUCGCUGACCAUGAUGCUGCAACAGCAGCAGCAGCAGCUCGACUCGCAACAACAGCAACAGCAGCAGCAACAAUUGCUGCCGGCGCAGCCUAUGUCACAACUCUCGAAGAUUGUACUAGCAGCCGCCGCGCAGGCAAAUUCCCAGGAGCAGCAGCGAGAGGAUAGCAUCUAUGGUUCACUGCACCCUCAACAACAACAGCAGCAGCGACAACUCUUCUGCCCCCGACACAAACAGGAGCUGCUCAAGUUCAGUUGCCGCACCUGCUGCAUCCUGGUGUGCAAGGAGUGCAUUGUGUUGGAGCACUCCACAGGUCUCCACGAACUGGAGAACGUGCAGUCACCUGGAAUGACAACCUCUACGGGAUCCACGGCCAACGAGUCAGCUUUGCAGACUCUGCUCGCCGAUAUGCGUGGCAAAAUUGGCGAGAUUGUCGGCAUUGCUGGAAACUCGGACCAGAAUCUCACCAAGGUGAAGCUGCAGUACCAAAAGGCUCACAACGAGCUGAACGAGACGCACCAGUUCUUCGCUUCCAUGCUGGACGAGCGCAAGACAGAAUUGCUCAAGGAACUGGAAACGCUGUACACGGCCAAGGUUAACAGCAACAAUUCGUGGCAGCAACGCUCCCGCGACUUGAUCGACAAGGGACUGGCCACCUGCGAGGCGGUCGAGCGGAGUCCUGCUCCGCCUUCCUCCUUGCUGGCAGAUGCCCUUCUCCUACGCAAAUCCCUGGAGCAGCAACUACAGACGGGCAUUCAGGAGAUGCAGCUGCCCUUUGAGAUCGAAUUUAUGUCCAACUAUCAGUCGAUUCAGGCCGGCGUGCGCAACACCUUUGGUUACAUUCGAGCAAACAGCUCAGACGGUGGACCUACUGGCAUGAGCCUGACGAGCAAUGGCCACGGAAAGCAGCCGCCAAUUGCCCGGCCAACACAGAGCGCCAGCAACAGCAGUGCGAGCAGCGCGGGCAGUGGUCACCAUGGCCACCACCAACAGUCACACCAUCAUGGCCACCACAAUCAUCACCAGACGGCCCAUCAUCAACAGCUGCAGGCGCAAUCGUCGCUGCACGGCCUGGGUCUUGGAUUGAGUGGCGCCAGUUUGUUGGAUAGCAGCUCUAGCGCAGGUGGAGCAGUGGGAGCCUUCAGCAACGGAGGACUCCUGCUGAGCGGUCGCGAUCGCAACGCUCUGGCAGUGGAACAGCAUUUUGGUGAGCUGAUGCCCAAGCGAGGAGGAGGUGGCUACACCGGCAGCAAUGGAUCAGCCACCAGUGCCGUGGCCCACUACAAUCCCUACGAGAAGUGGAGCAACGGCGGUAGCGACAAUCUCUUUUCAUCGGUGACAAGCGGCGUGUCCGGUAGCUCUGCAGUGGCCGAUGCGUUUGCCAGCCUGUCUGCUGUUGGAGGAUCCGUGGUUAGUGGCGCUGGAGCUGGCGGAAGUACCGUGAGCUCAGAGUCCCUGCUGGACCUCACCAACAAGCUGCUUUCGGCCACUAUCUAUCCGCCCAAGUCGCAGAUCAAGCGGCAGAAGAUGAUUUACCACUGCAAGUUCGGCGAAUUCGGCGUGAUGGAGGGCCAGUUCACGGAGCCCAGCGGUGUGGCGGUAAAUGCCCAGAAUGACAUCAUUGUUGCGGAUACGAACAACCAUCGCAUUCAGAUCUUCGACAAGGAGGGACGCUUCAAGUUCCAGUUUGGCGAGUGCGGCAAGCGUGACUCGCAGCUGCUCUAUCCGAACCGCGUGGCCGUGGUGCGCAACUCCGGCGAUAUCAUUGUCACCGAGCGCUCACCCACACACCAGAUCCAGAUCUACAAUCAGUACGGCCAGUUUGUGAGGAAGUUCGGGGCCACCAUUCUGCAGCAUCCUCGCGGCGUGACCGUGGACAACAAGGGCCGGAUCAUUGUGGUGGAGUGCAAGGUGAUGCGUGUGAUCAUCUUUGAUCAGAACGGCAAUGUGCUGCACAAGUUCGGGUGCUCUAAGCACCUCGAGUUCCCCAACGGCGUGGUGGUCAACGAUAAGCAGGAGAUCUUCAUCAGCGACAAUCGGGCGCACUGCGUCAAGGUGUUCAACUACGAGGGCCAGUAUCUGCGGCAGAUUGGCGGCGAGGGAAUUACCAACUACCCGAUUGGCGUCGGGAUCAACUCGAACGGGGAGAUCCUCAUCGCGGACAACCACAACAACUUCAACCUGACGAUCUUCACGCAGGACGGGCAGCUGAUCUCGGCGCUCGAGUCGAAGGUGAAGCACGCGCAGUGCUUCGAUGUGGCGCUCAUGGACGACGGCAGUGUGGUGCUGGCCAGCAAGGACUAUCGGCUCUACAUAUAUCGCUAUGUCCAACUGGCGCCAGUGGUAUUGCACAAAUUGCACAGCAACAUCAAUGAAACCAGCAAGAGCUUCUUGGCAGACAGAAUACAGCAACAUUUCAUUUGAAAUAGAAAAGCGAAAGAAACGAACUAUUAUUAACCAAUCACCAAACAAACAUUCCCCAUACAAUUGUGUUAUGUUAACGAAUUUGUUGUUGAAGAAAGGAAGUGAGAAGGAAUGUAAUGUAAGGGCGAUGCAUGGACAAGUUUACGUUACGCAAUUAAUUUAAAUCAAUUUCGGGACUCAAAAAUUAUAUAAAUAUUAAUGUAUUUGCAAUUAGUGUAAAUGAGUCUCUACGGUCGAACCGCACACAAAGAAUUCACACACACAGACACGAAUCAACGUUGCUAAAUCAUUGAAAUAUGCAUAAAUGUUAGCUCAUCUUAAUCAUAAUCGAUCAUUCAGCAUAGAUUUUAAUAUUUAUAACGCUAUAUAGUGCAACUAAGCCGAACAUGGUAUCAUCAUCUAGUCAUCAUGCAUACAUAUAUGUAUUUUUAUAAUUAAUUAUUAUUAAUAUUAAAUAAAAAACAAAAACCAAAACCAAAAUGAAACAGAAAAUGAAAAGGAACACCAAUCUAAUGUUAAAUGUCGUUACAAUUAAGUUUUCUUUGUAUACACAUAUAUAUUAUGUUUAGCCAACGAUUUACCAAUUAACAAUUUUCCGUGUAAGGAUUGAUUUUUAUGUCUCCCCGCAAUUUGAAUUUCUCGCUAAAGCCAAGUUGAAUUUUAACCUACACAACAAAAAAAAAAAAAAUCGAGUGAAUACUGUAUACAGGGUGUUGCUUAAAUGGCUUUCAUAUACUACGUUGUCAUAUGAAACUAAGACAUUUUAUCAGCUAAAGUAAUAAAAGUAAUAUGUUUUCUUUAUGGUUAAUUGUUUACACUGUACGUUCAGUUACAAAUCGUAUAUUUCGCUCAAAUUUUGUUUUACACUUAAGAUAAAUACAAAUAAAAAGAAAAUCAAUGAAAAAAAAAAAAUGUUAAAGCAAAUGACAAGAAAAUGUGGAAAAUAUGGACUGACAAGCAAAUAAUGUAUAUCAUUGAGGGUUGGCAUUUUUAUUCAACACUUAUAUAAAUAUAAAGAAAAUCUAUAUUACACGUAGACUUUGUCAGGCAGGCGGCCAUUCUCAGCUGUUUCGAACGGGGAAAUUGUUAACUUUUUGCGUUGAAAUGAAAAAAAGAAAAUAAAAUAAAAGGAAAGGAAAGGAAAUAUAUACACGCCCACCAAAUGCAUACUAUAUGCCAUAUACUGUUUCUAACAUGCAUACAAAGAUUUAACCACAGUGCAGAGCAAUUACCAUUCGGUUUAAGUUUGUAACUGACUUAACUUACUGCCAGGAUCAGCUCAGCUCGGCUCCUCAGAUACCCUGCACGAUACUCACUCAAUCAGUCAGUCAGUCAGUCACUCAAUCACUCAAUCACUCACUCAGUCAGUCACUCAAUCAUCCAGUCAUUCACUAAUCCAUCUUUCCCGCAAAUCCAGCACAA